GGGGUCCUAGUGUUCUGGCGUCGAUUAAUCAUGGCGGAUUGGAAGAGGAGAGAAGAAUCCCAUCUAAAUUAUCAAUAGAAAAUCAAAACAGAAUCAAACAGCGGCUAAAAAUGAAUCAAGUUAAAUAAAAGAAAGAGUCCUAUGAUUAGGAUUGUAGAUAUCGUUUCAUGCGUGUUCCAUAUUGAAGGUUCAUGAUACAAAACGAGAAACCGCAUCUUGCAGCAAGAAUGCCUGUUGUCUGGCCCACUCUCCUUGAUCUCAACAGGGAUGAGUGCAAGAGGAUUCUGCGCAAACUAGAACUUGAGGCCUAUGCUGGAGUUAUAAGUGCUCUACGUGCACAAGGGGAUCUUAAUAAAGAAAAGAAGGACCUUCUUGGAGAACUCACCAAGCUUUUAAGCAUUUCCACUGAGAGGCAUCGUGCUGAGGUUCGUAGGGCUGUAAAUGAUGAACGGUUAACAACCAUUGCUUAUCAUAUGUCUGGACCAAACAGCUCUUCAGAAUGGUCUAUAGAAGGACGAAGGCUGGUUCCCCUUAUGCCAAGACUGGUCCCUCAGACGGCAUUCACAGUCACUGCAAAUGCAGUGGCAAAUGCAGCAGCUCAUCACAAUGCUUCUCUUUUGUUACCAACAGAAACUGGUAACAAAGAAGCAGUAGUUGUGUGUUAUUCCUACACAAGUACAACUGCCACUCCUACCACAACUACGGUACCAUGUGCCAGUACUGCAACUGUGAAGUCACCUAGACCAGCCAGUCCUGCCUCCAAUGUGGUAGUGUUGCCUAGUGGAAGCACAGUGUAUGUAAAAAGUGUGAGCUGUUCAGACGAAGAUGAAAAGCCACGGAAAAGAAGACGCACAAACUCAUCCAGCUCUUCCCCGGUAGUCCUAAAGGAAGUGCCUAAAGUGACAACCCCUGUUUCCAAAACCAUCACUGUACCAGUCAGCGGCAGCCCCAAGAUGAGUAAUAUCAUGCAGAGUAUUGCCAACUCACUCCCACCUCAUAUGUCUCCAGUUAAAAUUACUUUCACAAAACCUUCAACACAGACAACAAAUACCACUACGCAAAAGGUCAUCAUUGUGACAACAUCUCCAAGUUCAACUUUUGUGCCCAAUAUCUUAUCAAAAUCCCACAACUAUGCAGCUGUCACAAAACUGGUCUCCACCUCAGUUCUUACAGCUUCAACUCAGAAGCAGCCCGUAGUCAUCACAGCUUCACAGUCCUCUUUAGCCAGUACCAGUGGCACAUCCACACCAUCACCAACUCCCAGCAGUGUGGCAGUGACAACUGUAGUUUCUUCCUCUCCUUCUGUAGUCAUGUCAACAGUAGCUCAAGGUGUAUCUUCAGCAGGAGUCAAAGUGGCUUCUGCUCGGCUACCUUCACCUAAAACCCUUGUGGGUUCUCCAACUCAGAUUCUUGCUCAAUUUCCUAAGCAGCACCAGCACUCUCCCAAACAACUGCCACAAGUGCAGCACUCUCAGCAGACUCAGCAAGCCCAAUCCUCCAUGGGCUCACAGCAACCUCAGUCUCAUACUCCACCUGGUAUCAAGCCAACUAUCCAGAUAAAACAAGAGUCAGGUGUUAAAAUAAUCACUCAACAAGUACAACCCAGUAAAAUUCUUCCUAAGCCUGUAACUGCUACAUUGCCCAGUAGCAGUAAUUCUCCGAUUAUGGUCGUUAGUAGCAAUGGUGCUAUCAUGACAACUAAGCUUGUUUCAACUCCUACAGGUACACAGGCUACAUACUCGCGACCAACAAUGAGCCCCACUAUUGGAGCUCGAAUGGCAACUUCUCCUGGAGGAGCUACCUAUGUUAAAACUACCAGUGGGAGCAUCAUCACAGUGGUGCCAAAAUCCCUUGCCACACUUGGGGGCAAAAUCAUCAGUAGUAACAUUGUGUCAGGCACAACUACAAAGAUAACCACAAUCCCUAUGACCUCCAAGCCUAAUGUUAUAGUGGUGCAAAAAACAACUGGCAAAGGAACAACUAUACAAGGUCUGCCUGGCAAAAACGUGGUUACAACAUUGCUGAAUGCUGGGGGUGAAAAGACCCUUCAGGCAGUCCCAACAGGAGCCAAACCAGCUAUCAUUACUGCAACAAGACCCAUUACUAAAAUGAUCGUCACUCAGCCAAAGGGAAUGGGGUCAGGUGUACAGCCAGCUACAAAAAUUAUACCGACUAAAAUUGUAUAUGGACAGCAAGGGAAGACACAAGUGUUAAUUAAGCCAAAGCCCAUGGCUUUUCAAGCGACAGUAGUGAGUGAGCAGGCCAGGCAGCUUGUUAGUGAGACUCUGCACCAGGUCUCCCGUGUGGGUGAAUCAGCAGCAUCCAGUCAAGAAGGUGUGCUGAAAGAGGAACCUCAGACCUAUACAGAAUGCAGCUCUUCUUCCACAGAGUCUUCCCACAGUUCACAAGACUCACAACCUGUAGUACAUGUAAUUACAUCAAGAGGAUCUGACUGGGGUGAACACGAGGUUGCUGUGGAAUCUGCCCCCACAAUAAUUUAUCAGGAUGUCUCUGGAGAGUCUCAGUCAGCAACAUCCACCAUAAAAGCAUUACUAGAACUACAGCAGACAACAGUAAAGGAAAAGGGAGAGUCCAAACCCAGGCAACACACGAUUGAUCUGAGUCAGAUGGCUGUCCCAAUCCAGGUUGCUCAGGAAAAGAGACAGUCCCCAGAAAGCCCUGUUAUCAGCAGUGUUGAGUCUGAUAUGGUUACUGAAUAUAACCCAUCCGGUAAGUCCACAAAACCUCUGCUAUCCUCGGCAAGCAUCAGUAGUGGAGAAAUGGCCCUGACAUCUCUUUUGUCAGCUACUCAGCAGCAGUCAUCUUUGCAACGGUCACAAGCUCAGACACAGACAGGACUGACCCCAGUGGUUGUAAAAUCUCUUCCAACAUCUUCUGCAGUCACAGUUACACGCAUUAUGCAGCAGGCUGUGGCUAGUCAAAUGAUUCACAGCAAGCAAGUGGAGGAGAUGGUGUCAGAAGAAGGUGAAGUUGAGGGUGAUACCUUGGAUCCUCAGACUGGUUUGUUUUAUAGAUCAGCACAGCCUGUAGGCGCACAGCUAAAACAAGUGUCACUCCAGCAGGAACCUGCAAAACUUUUACCCCACAACUCUCAGCAGCAGCAGAGUAAAACUAGCUCAGCAGUAAAUCAAGGUACAGUCCAGCUGCUUGCAUGUAAGCAAAAGCAAACGGCUAUUUUCCAGCAGGACCAGUCACAGCUGAAGCCUAUCAUCCAGCAACACUUAGUGGUGAAGGAAAGACAAGUUUCUGUGACCGGUGCCCAAGCUCCUCAAACAGUGGUGCAGGUGAUAGCCGUGAAACCUCCACAUACACCUCAGCUUCCCAAACUACAACAAGCCCCAACCAGCCAAAAUCGUCCAGUUCACACACAGUUCUCCCAGCCUCCACCUCUGCAAGCACACCAUCCUGUUUCUUCAGAAAAGCAGUCUUCAAAUCAAGUGCAACAGCCAAUCAUAACACAAGGAGCAACCGUAACAAAGAUAACUUUUGGUAGUCACCAGGCUCCACCACUAUCCAAACAAAGUACAGGAGAAGCAGAUGCAAAGUCAGCACCUGUUACUAGUGUCAAUACACAUCACUCAUCUGAGAAGUCAACUGUGUCGGACAUUUUAAAAAUAUCAAUGAUUGAGGCUCAGAUUGACCCUCAUGUAGAACCAAUGGUGGUAGACUCCUCCAGUGACUGUAGUACUUUCAGUAAAAACAUUGAUGUUUCACAUAUAGUAGGUGCUAGUCAACUCAUCAGCAGUACUGCCAGCUCUGUAGUCCAGUCAAGCCAUACUAAGCAGCUGCAACAAAGUAUAGGUUCUGGAUCAUCUCUUCAGAGCCAGUUCACUCGCAUUCAGAGCCUGCCUGUACAGAAGAGUAAAGAUGUGGAUGUGAUACAGGUUAUCCCACAGUAUUCAAUUACUCCAGACUCCAGCCAGUCCAACGUAGUAGUUGAACCAAGUGGUUUCUUAGAAAUAACCAACUUCACUAGCCAACGUCUUGAUGACGAUACUGGAAUGGAACAAGAAGUAGACAGCAGCAACGAUGAAGGAACUGAAGCCAGCCCAAUACCAAGCUCAGCAGAUCAGUCAUAGCAGUAAAAUUUGAAUUAUGUUUGAAGAGCACAUUUGUAUAUCACAGGCAGAUCAGAAUGUCUCAGUGUUUCUGCUUCAUUUGAAAAAUAAGUUUAGAAUAUCCAUGUUCAAAGCACCUUCUUUCUGGUGUUUGUCUUUUCUAAGAUGCGGCAAUUCUACCUAGACCUUUGAAUAAGUGUCUAUACAUUUCCAGAAGAUUAUUUGUUUCAAAGGAAGAAAGAAAUCUGCCUAUGAAUACAUGCAAACUCAAUUAGAGACCAAAGCAAACUGUAUCAGCUGAUGUUACAAAGACGACAAAGGAAAAAAGUAAUCACAAGGAGGUCUGGCUCAUUGUCUGUUCAUCAUGGUAAAAUAUUCUGUAAUAAUAGGGAAAAAGUUUUGUUAAACCUUUUAUAUGUGUAUAUAGAAAAUAUGUCUUGUGUAUAAAAAUCAGACUUUUUUUUAUGCUAUGCUGUGAUGUUUAUAUGACGCUUUGCGUGAAAGCAUUAGUUUCUUAUUUUUUAAAAUGGAGUAGUUUUUGUUUCAUCAUGUUGGUUUGAACUGAUGUGCUGCCUUUAUUUUUUAUGCCCAUUUUCAGCUGUACAUAUUUUUUGUACAUCAUAUGAACCUUUUAAUACGACUAAAGUUCCAAGAAUUUGCAUUUUGGAAAAUUUUCAUAAAAUGGAGUAUCCUUUAGAGCAUAUAGAGCAAAAUGACUUAAUUUGGUAUUUUUCUUAAAUAAAAACAGGAGUUUUUAUGUCUGAGUAAGAAGAACAGAAGUUAUAACAAUGUUGGUCAACAAUUUUGAACGAAUGCAGCAAUUAGUGGUAUUGCAAGUACAUUUUUACUGUCUUGAAGGACAUGUUUGGGAGCAGAAGAUAAAGAGAUUAAUAUAUGCUUGAUACAGUUGAAUAUUCUAGCUGAACUCUAUAAUAGAUGGAUCAUUGAAUUAGUAUUUAUUAUUAUUUUGAAGGAACAUAAAGGGUCAAUUAGUGAUAUAACAGAUUUCUAGCAAGUGUCCUCACAUUCUAAUUAUUUUACCAGAUCAUAUUGUUCAAAAUAUUUAUUUAUUUAUUUUAAUUUAUAGUCUCUGCUGUACAAACAUCAACAAACAAACAAAACUCAUUUUACAUCCAAUCAAUGGAUCUUCUGAUAAAUAUUUUUGUUACUUAUUGCUUUUUAUAUAUCUAUAUAUGUAAUAUAUACAAUAAUUUAUUUAGACAUUAGGGUCAGUUGCUUUCAAGUAAAGAAUCAGACAGUAAACCUUUGAACAUCAUUGCCCCAGCAGUGUUUAACUGAAAAUUUCAAGAAAUAAGCUACCUUAAUAAAUCUUACAUAGCGUACUUUAAGCCUGCCAUCUCAAGUCUAAUAACACAGAUCAUGAUUUCACUUGUAAUUGUUCAAAAAUGUUAACUUUCAAACAUUUCACAUACAAAUAUUUUUGGAUAGCUUGUCAGUAAUCGAUGCCUUGUUAUUGUUUGUGGAACACUCUAGAAUGCAUUGUUUUAGAAACAUGAGAAUGAUCCCAUAUAAGAGCCAGUCAUUUUGUUAGUUACAUUAGUUACAUUUUCUUUUAUGCAUCAUAAAUAUUCUGUUAUGAGUGAAAUGGUUAACUUUUCAUUUUGUACAAAAUAGGUAUUGUUAGCUCUACUUUUGAUCUGCUUUGAAGAACAGAGUGAUGGACUAAAGUGUAUGUAUUUGCAUUUCAUAUGCCGGUCUUUUUAGAAGAGUACAGUACAGUAAAAACAAGAUAAGAGUAGAUUUUUAAAUGAUUCAUUAAAAUAAUGGUUUAAAACAAAUGCCAUCAUGAAGCUGCCUCAAUAUUUUAGCCUUUGAGCAACAUGUAAACCACUUCCUGAUAUUUUGGGAGUGUAUAGUAGUAUGAACUCCUACAUUUUAAAAUAAAAUUAAAAAAUCAAGGAACAGAGAGAUGGGGCUUCUAAAUGUAGACACUUUGGUUUUUAGAGGUAUUGUAAAAUAUUAAGUUUUCAUAUACAUAUAGUUUAAAAUAUUUUAAAUAUUCAUCGCUCCCAUUAAUGCUUAAAUUCUUUUACUAGAUAUUUCAAAUAAUACCAGAAUUAAUUUUGUGUUAAUGGGUUAGGAUAAGCUUGAAAUAAUAUUGUAAACACUUGCUAAGAAAAUGAAAACAGGGCUGAAAUUAAAAUAAAUCUAAUUAAUGUCCUUCAUCAUUAUAAAUGUUAUUUGCAAAUGCUCUGUGAAAUGCCAUAUCUGGUUUUGUUUGAAUACUAGUUUUCAGUAUGUCUGCUGACUUUCAGAAAACUGUUGCUAACUGAAUUAGAAGCAAAGAAAUAUCUGCUGCAGAACUAGAUUGGAUUAAAUACUCUUUUAGCUUUAGCACUUUGACAAUUUGGAAUUUGUAAUAUUGUACUGUUUUUGACCUACAGAAAAGUAACAUUUUCUACACCAGUUCUUAAAUGCCAGCAAAGCAGUUCUAUUUGUCUCCUCUUACAGAUGUAAUAAUGUCUAACAUCAGUUAAAUAAGUGUACUGAAAGUAUUAAACAUUUUAUACAGUAAAC